AUGAACGAUAUGCUUCCCACGUUUCCUACACGCGUUUUUCCUGGACAAUUAAACGGUCCAUUUCAUCAUCGUCAUGAGGUCUGGUAUCCGCAUGGUAUGCAUCGUGGCUCUCAGUACAUGAUAUCAACAAUGGCGGAAGAUGGUCGAGCUAGUAGUUCAGCUAUUAGCUUAUCCAUUUUUGAUAAUAUUAUGAUGUUUGGUAGAAAUUUGUUAGAUUGGUCAAAAAAUGGCUGCAAAUAG